GAUGUUGUAAUAGUCUUGACGGUACCUUGCGUAGGCUGUUCAUUAGCAGCACGGACUUACUUCACCUCAAUUAAAUUAGAGCAAUUAAACCCGAAGAACCAGAAGACGUUUGCUUUCUGUGGCGGAUCUCUUGAUGCCUCCUCACAAAGUGCCCGCGAGCGCGAGCGAAGACUUUGACUCGUGUUUUUUUUAACCAUGACGUUAAGUUUCUCGCCGUUCUCCAUCAACGACAUUCUCACCGGACGCGGCAGGAAGAGCAGGACCAGGAGAACAGAGGAGCUCCGGAACCGCACCGGCUGCGAUGGGACGAGAAUCCACCAAGUGGACGCGGAGGUGGAGGAGGAGGAGGAGGAGGAGGAGCGCAUCCAUCCGCUGAGACUUUCUCCUGAUGUCAAGUUGUCUGCGGGGAAGCUCCGGCGUGAUGUCCACAGAGAGGAGGCCGGAAAAGAAGAGGACGGAGACGAUCAUCUUCCUCGCAGCGAGCGGGACAAACAGCAGAAUAACGAGGCGGGGGGCGACGGGGGUGAUGGAGCCCGGUGCAGCCAGGACGGGGACGCCGAACUGCAGUCCGGGCCCGGCGCAAAGAAGCGGUCCAGAGCGGCCUUCUCCCACGCGCAGGUCCACGAGCUGGAGCGCCGCUUCAGCGCGCAGCGGUACCUCUCCGGCCCGGAGCGGGCCGAUCUGGCCGGAGCCCUGAAGCUCACAGAGACCCAGGUUAAAAUCUGGUUCCAGAACCGGAGGUAUAAAACCAAGCGACGGCAGAUGACGGCGGAGCUGGCGGCGUGUAGUUCGCCAAAGAGGGUGGCGGUCAAAGUGCUGGUGAAGGACAAUCAGAUGCAGUGCUGCUAUACGACCGGACUACACACGCCAGUAACUGUACCACUGUACCAGGCAGCCCAGUACCACCCGUAUCUGCAGUACUACUACAUGAACAUGUGUGGAGGUUUGCCCUGAAACAGGAUCAAUGGCCUCAAAGCGUCACCGAAGCACGAGAUGUCUUACAGCUGUUGUCACUUUCUGCUGCAUCUCUGUAGCCUUUUAAAAACAUUGCUCAAUAACAAUAACAGUUGUGGUUAUUGUUUACUUGAAACUAGAAGUUUAUUAGAUUUUUUUGCUCCCCACAUUAAAGUAGAACUUUACUACUACUCUCAUCUAAGGUUUCAAAAUGUCAAUGUGUCUGAUUAUGAAUUGAGAUUUAUUAUUUUUAUUAUCAAGGGAAAUUAAAGAUAAUGAGUGAAAAACAUCUUCAGUAAAAAAAAAAGUUAAGUUGC